CCCACGGCCAGGUGGCAUUUGGCGUUUGGCCGUCGGUCCACAACAAGAGUACAGGCGCGCAGAGACAGGAUGAGCAGGUACAACGACUACGGUGGUGGCGGAGGAGGGUACAGAGGGGACAACAGAGGCCGCAUGGGUGGUGGCGGCGGCGGGGGCGGUGGUGGCGGAGGGUUCCGUGAUCGCCGCGGUGACCCCACUGGAGGGGGGGCUGAACAUUUGGCUCGCAUCCACGGCACAGAGGAAGAUCGCGUGAACUGCCCGUUCUACUUCAAAAUUGGUGCAUGUCGGCAUGGCGAUCGUUGCUCCCGCUCCCACAACAAACCCGUGUUCUCCCAAACGUUGUUGGUGAAGCACAUGUACCAGAACCCGCUGUCGACUGUGAUUGCCGCGAACGGUGACCCGAACCAAUUGGACCAAAAGACCGUGGACGAAGACUUUGAGGACUUUUUCGAAGAAGUGUUUGAAGAACUGUGCAAAUUCGGCAAGGUCGAGGAGCUCAACGUGUGCGACAACCUCGGCGACCACUUGGUGGGCAACGUGUAUGCCAAGUUUGAAGACGAAGAGUGCGCAGCCGCCGCGCACAAGGUCCUCUACGGUCGGUUCUACGGCGGUCGACCCCUCAUGUGCGAGUACUCCCCCGUGACGGACUUUCGAGAGGCAAGGUGUCGCCAGUUUGACGAAGGCACGUGCAACCGAGGCGGGUACUGCAACUUUAUGCACAUCAAGAUGGUGUCUCGUGCCAUGAUGUUUGAGCUCGAACGGCAUUACAAUACACAUGGUGACGACGACAAGAAGGGGGGCGGCGAUCGAAGCAAAAGUCGGUCUCGAUCGCGAUCGCGGAAUCGCAGUGGUCGGUCCCGACGGAGCCGAUCAAGAUAAGCCAACGAACGAACAAACGAGCGCAGCCGCGAAUCAACGAACGACUCAGGCGGACGACGAUUAAACAGGAAGAUUGUGUUAUAACUAUCGCAGCAGCGUCAGGAAUCCAGAGUCCGUCGUCACCACUCAAAAUGUGGGUGAUGGUGGCGGCGAUGGAUGAGUUAACAGGAGCAGGCAGGGACAGGUGCAGGGACAGGUGGGCAUGUGGAGGAUGUGUCGUUCAAAGAACUACCGUGUAUACCUCCAGCUGCUACCAUCGGCAGACCAAAGUGUGGCCCGCCCGUUGACUGCGGGUGAAACAUGACGAUCGUGCAGGUUGUAACCGUGGGGAUGCUCUAAACCUAAGAAGAUCUCCAGGGAUACUGUAUGUAGUUUUCAGUGUCAUUCAAGGGCGUGACUCGGUGAACGGCAGGCAGAUCAGCUACAGUUGGCGUUGUACUGUACAGGCAAACCGACGACCAAAGUGGACUGCGGGACUACUAUUUGUGUGCACUUGCAGCCUGGCAACCUCCAUACCCGCGGAAAGCUCAUGUGCAAUAAUAUACAGCCAAGCUAAUUCG